UGAGUCCCAGAACAGACUUCCUGCCCAGGGCUCAGGACUCCAGCAGCCUCCCCAGACCGAGGCUGGGGAGACUGGAGGGGUCAGAGGCCAAGCUCAGGCCCAGGCCAGGCUGGGCGGGAAGAUGGCUGGUUGGGGCAGCGAGCUCAUCAGCAGGAUAGCCACAGCAAAUCAGAACACAGACAACAGGCUUAACUUAGAGCCUGCAUUCAGGCACUUCAAAAGACAUAAAGUGGAGAUUUCAACUGCAAUAAAAAAAACAUUUCCUUUCCUUGAGGGUCUUCGUGACCGUGAACUCAUCACCAAUAGAAUGUAUGAAGACUGUCAAGAUUCUUGUAGAAACCUGGUCCCUGUAUCGAGAGUGGUUUACAAUGUUCUCAGUGAGCUGGAGAAGACAUUUGACAUGUCGCUUCUGGAAGUUUUGUUCAGCAAGAUCAACCGGCAGGAAUAUCCUGAUUUAAAUCACAUUUAUGAAAGCUUCAAAAAGGUAAUGCAGGGGAAAAUUAAUCAUGAAGAAAGCAAUGGAGAAGAGAGGGAGGAGAGGCCUACUCUCCCACUAAGCCUUGAGCAAGGUACGACCUCACCUGAAAAUGGACUCUCGGAUAACCUCUGUGAAACAGAACAGAUAGAUGCAAAGAGGAAAGAUACAACCAGUGACCAAAACGAUGCACUAGAAAGCCAACAAGCAAAUGAACAAUGUGCCCAAGAGUCUGAACCAGCAGAGUCCUGCGAACAAGUACCUAUCCAAUCAAAUAAUGGUGAUGCAAGAAAGGAGACACCCAGCCCAUUGCCUUAUGAGGAAGAAAAAGCAAAGCCACCCAACCAUGGAUUUCAAAUCAAUUCCCGUUCUGUCCUUCCGGUGGAUAUAAAGAAGGAAAAGCCAUUUUUUAACCCCGAAGUUGAAUGGCAAACCCAAGCCAGGACUGACUGUAACCAGGCAUCUGAUGUAAUAGUGAUCAGCAGUGAGGACUCCGCAGAAUCCAGUGAUGGAGACGAGUCCCCAGAACCCUCCACGUCAGCACUGAGAAAGUCGUCUGGAUAUCAUUUUCCACCUUUAACUUUUCUGGCCCUGUUGGGAAGUGGAAGGAGGCAAGAAGAUCCUUGGGAUAUUGAAAACACAUCAAUUUGCAGCAUAAGCCAUAGGAAAAGACGAAUCAGCAAUAAUGACACUUCAGAACUGAGUAACGAAGAUGAGCUUCAGGAAAUGUCUAACUCAGUCCUAAGAAAUGGGUCAGAUACCACGGAUACUGGAAGCGAUUCUACUUUGGGAAAACACAGUGAGAAAAGAAGGAGAAAAACAGUCAACACUGGGCCUUUGAAAAGAGGCAGAAAAAGAGGUCCAAGAAUUCCCAAAGAAACAGAUAUGGAUUUUCAGCUUCCUGAACUUCCUGUGACUUGUGGUGAGGCGAAGGGGACUUUAUACAAGGAGAAAAUGAAAAAAGGCACCUCGGAGAAGUGUAUACAGAAUGCAUAUGGAAAGUGGUUCACCCUCAGGGAAUUUGAAAUUGAAGGAAACCGCAAAGCAUCCAAGAACUGGAAGCUGAGUGUGCGCUGCGGUGGAUGGCACCUGAAAACCUUGAUUCAGAGAGAAUUUCUACCAAACCCACCAAGAAAAAUAAAAAAGAAAAAUAUGUGAAUGGCAUACAGUAAGUCCCCAACGUAUGAACCUUCAAGUUGCGAGCUUUCAAAAAUGCGAACGUGCGUUCUCAUGUCCAAUCACGUAAGUUAGUUCCCAUGUCUGGUGUACAUUGUCACGUGCGUGCAUCCUCUACAAGUGGUUGUGCUUUUGUGUACUUUAUUGUACAGUACUGUAUACAGUACAGUAGUACAGUGUCUUUAUUUCAAGCUCAGGAUGUCUGAAAGCAAGUGUAAAAGCAGCGAUGAUGUAGCUGGUACUGCCAAGAAGAGCCAGGAAUUGAAGGCCCAGAGGAAGGACAGAGAGAGACAAGAGGAAGAAGAAGUAACUGAAGAACCGAAGAGAUUCACGACGUAGGAAAUGGCAAGGGGAUUUUCUUUAUUUGAGGAGGCACUGUUAUUUUUUGAGGCGCAGGACCCGAAUGUAGAAUGGUACGUGAAGGUUGCAGCAGCCAUUCAGAAUGUAAUCCAGUGCUACCGUGUCAUCUAUGAUGAGAAAAAAAGAGUUACGACACAGACAUCACUGGAUCGUUUUCUCAAGAGGGUAGACAGAAUUGAAUCCAGCAAGGAACCAGAACCUGUGCCAUCAACAUCAGGCAUGAGUGAAAUUGCACCUUGCCAUCCGUCUCCUAUUGCUGACAACCCUUCAGCUCUACCAUCUCCCACCUCCUCUCCCUCCUCCAGUCAGUAACUCUUCUUGCCUGUUCACUCGAUGCCAGCCCCUGUAUGCCAGCUGUUGUACUGUACUACUGUACUUUUCAAGAUACCGUACUGUAAGCUUAAAAAUGUUUUCUUUACUUUU